CUCGCAAAUGCUUCCCUGGAUGACCCUGAAUCUGGGCUUGAUGCUGCAACAGUGGAACACAUUCAAAAUCCGCCCCAACACCAACUGUCUCUUGAUGAUGACCCUGAUCUCAAGGCUGCUGUUAAACUCUAUCUUAAAUUGUCACAUGCGGGGAAGGACUACGAAGCAGCGUGUGAGGUUCUGAUGGAAUCCAAAGAUGUCGAUGAUUUCCCGACACUCUACCAAGCCAAACGAGCUGUCGAACAGCUGAGUGGCAUCUCUGGUAUCAUGCACGAUAUGUGCUUCAAUUCGUGUAUUGGUUUCACAGGUCAAUUUGUGCACCUUGAGUCCUGUCCAAUAUGCAGCUCUUUGUGCUAUGAUCAGGUCAUUCUCACACAAAGUAAGGGCAAGAAGAAAGUCGCACGCAAGCACAAAACAAAGGGAGAGCUGUUACUGUCGGUGAAUUUGCUGCAUACUGGGACAAUAUGUUCAAAGAAAUGCGAAAGGUUCACAUAUAUGUUCAUGUUAGCACUGAGUCGCAUUCUCACUUGCCUGGCGGCAGCCAUUUGUUGA